CAGUUUGUCUGUUUAAACCGGAUAUAUUCUUUGUGAGUAGUGAUUUACCACAAACAACGUGUAUACAACCGAUAAGGAGUUAAAAGAACAAGAGGAGAACAUGGCGGAAAAUAUGAGCUCCGAGGGGCAAGAGAGGUCGUUAUUUUUGGCUCAAAUUCGGUAUUUGGAGGAGGAGCUGGACAGGUUUAAGCUCUCUAAUGAAGACCUGGACAAGCAGAACCAAGAGCUGAUCUCAAAUUACAACCAGCUGGAGAAGGACAAGAGGGACAAGACCGAACGUUUGAAACGCUUUGUGGCGGCAAAAGAGAAGCGCAUGGAUGAGCUGAGCGAGGAGCUGCAGACGCGGCUCCUGCUGGGGAAACGAGGCCGAGAGACGCUGAAGCAGGACCACAGCGUCACGAAGGAGCAGCUGCUGGAGCAGAUAAACAAGGUUCAGGCGGAGAUAGAGCUGCAGGCUGUGACCCUGGAGGCGAACGAGGCGCGCAUCGAGGAGCUGAGGCCGCAUGUGCCCAACAUAGAGUCAGUAGAGGAGGAGCUUCUGAAGAAGAAAGCUGAGCACGACGCUUUUGUUUCCCAGCUGAAGAGGAACUCAGAGCUGGCGUGUGAAACGCUGAUCCAGCACUUCCAGGACUACAAGGAGCACACGGAGAACUCUGAAGCCAACAGGCUGCUGGCGAUGGGCCGAGCGCUGCACCUGGAGCAGACCGAGCUCGCCGCCUUCCUGGUGAACGAGCAGGCGAGUCUGAAGGAGCAGAUCGCUGCCAUCAAGACGAGACAGGAGCACCUUCGCACCGUCGGCCGGGGGCUGUGCGGGAAACUCACCCACCUGAGCCACCUGAGGAACCUCAACGAGCAGGACGUGGCGCUUCUUAAGAAGGCGUUCCUGGAGCUCAAGGACGAAAAAGAAGAAAGCAUCAAGAACCAGGACGCCACUCUGAUUGAGACUGAAGCUCUCAGCCAGCAGGUCAGCAGAGCGCAUCAGGAGUACCAGCAGAGAGUGAGCGACAUCCAGCGCCUGGAGAAGGAGCUGGAGAAGGAGACGAUCAGGAGGAGGCAGCUGGAGGGCGUGAAGAACGAAGCAGCGGUCAUCCUGAAGCACAUCCUGGAGGGAAAGGACAGCCUGCCUCUGGCUCAGUGGAAGAUCCUGAGGCUGGUGGAGAUCCUGGACCGAGCAGCGCCGCAGAACCCCGAGCCGGCCGCCAGCAGCCUCCGCAAUAAGCCCAGAGGAGUCCGGAAACAGCUCCCCUCCAGGAAUAUGAACCCGUCUGGUUCCGACCCGUCUGGCUCCGUCUGACCCGUCUGACCCGACUCCUCUGCAGUCACAGACUGGUACCGGCUCCACCGGGCCGUAAGCAGGAGCGCUUUAAUGAGUCGCAGGGUCCAAUAAAUAUUCCAGCCAUUUUGUUCCUGCAGGUGUUUUAAUCUGCUUCAGUUCCUCACUGCCUCGUUUAUUGAUAAAUGAUAUUAUUAUUGAAUCUAAAUGUGCAGAUUAUUUAAUGUAGCUGCUGAUUGGAGCACAUGUCACGUUUCCCAGCCAUAUUCUGAAACGACAAUAAUCCCAAACACACAUUAAAAUGCUUUAUGUUGCAUGAAAGAGGAUUAUAUUAAGCUUGUGGAGUGGGCCCAGUCUCCUUCACAGCCGGGUCCGUUUCUUUAAACCAACCGAUGAACCACCAAGACAAACAACCAACCAGAACCAACCCACAAAAAUCUUUACUGUUUCUCUGCAACUCGCUGAGAAAAAUUAUAUUUAUGGAAACAUUUCAGCCUGAACUCUUUAGAGAAAAUCAAUAAUUAAUUCAAGCUUGAAAGUUGAUUUUGUUUUUAAAAAAUUACAGAUUUUGGUUCUGUCAUCAGAAGUGGCCACACUUCCGCUUGCUAAUCGCUAAGCUAACUUUUUGUUUAGCCGUUUUGCUAAUUUAUUGAGCUGGUUUGUAAAGUUUCAGUUCAAUAAAGUUCAAUAUGUGUUGAA